GUAGGAGGCAUGGAUCCGAAGGGAGCCCGGCCGCCGUAGAGCUGGCCGAUCCUGAUUCUGGCCAUGGAGGGGGCAUGCAGCCCUAAGAAGACGGCCACAACACCUAGCUCAAAAGGUGCAGGUGCCAGCCCCCACUUCCGCAAAGCUCAGACAGCAGAUGCCUCAGAUAUAUCGCCUCAUAAGGUUCGGUGGAGGAGCUUGAUCAUGUCGAAUCAGAACCAGAACCUUUUGCGAAGCACUCCGGACUAUGUGGUGCUUCACUCUUUUGGUCGGGUCUUCCGUGAUUUCCCGGAUGGUUUUGACACCUUCAAAUUGUCAGAUACGACCCAUAAGCUUCAUGUUUUCGUGUCCCACAAUUGGGCAACACCGCAGCUGAUAAAGUUCAUGGCUCUUGCCUUCCACUUCAACCACCGCAGCGCUUCUAUCGCGGCAGCCAUUGCCUACGUCAUUACGGUCUUGGCAGUCAUGUGCACCGCGACUGAUGUUGACAGUGAUGACCAGCUCAACGACCUGUUUUUUACCUGCCACUUGGGCACUGGCGUGUGUCUUGCCACCUACUGGUUAUGCCUCUUAUUCUGGCAUGAUAUCAAGUGGCUGUUUUGCUUCCGGGGAAAGCGCGUUUUUUUGGACCGUUGCUGCAUCCACCAGACUGACGAAGACUUGAAGCAGCAAGGGAUUGAGCAUCUAGAUGUGUUUUUGCAGCUGUCCGACAAGAUGUUGGUUGUUUAUUCCGAGCUCUACACCAAGAAGCUUUGGACAAUGUACGAGCUGGGCACGUUUCUUCCGAAGCGAGGGCCAAAACGGCUUGUGGUUUUGCCAACCUUUCUCAUUCGAUGUACGAUUGUGGCGGUGCCCAUGCUGAUACUGCAUUGCGUUUGGGUGCAACUGCUCCUGUUGGAUUGUGUCAAGGAGCACAGCAGCCGACUACUGCCGGACCAUCGCCUGGCCAUUGGCAUUUUGGAUUUCCCCUUGCUGCUGGCGGUGACCUGGGCCUUCCGUUCAUGGGCCAAGGAGGAGAGGCAGAUGUUGAAGAACAUCAGGACCUUUCAUUAUGGUGAUGCCAACUGCCUCCAAGAGACAGAUCGCAUCAUGGUCUAUGACAAUAUCGCCAGGUACAUGAGGGACACGAGGGCUGUGACCUCCGAAGCCACAGAUGAAGACGCAUUGUCGGCUUUCAAUGAACUGGUCAAAGCAGAGGUUCCAAUUGCAGUGACUCAAUCGCUUGGAGGCUGGGGAAUCCCCGUCCGUUACCUUUGCGUGAUUCUCUUGCCUUUGAUGACAAAUAUUUUGGAUUAUUUGUCUGCGGCCCCGUUCCUGUACUCCGAACCACGUGCAAUGGCAACCUAUGCAGCAGGAUUACUUUCGAUUGCGCUUUCUUCCUUAGUUUGCGCGACCUUCCUGGUGUGGCUCACCAAGCGUUGCCUUGAUGUCACGGGGUGGCGACAGUAUCUCCUGAUCUUUGUCUUUAGCAUUUUGCAAAUCAUUCCCUUUGCAGUUGUCUAUACGCUGGUGGAGCUUUUGCCACAUGGCGACCAGCAAGAGCUGUGGCCACUUCUAUGCCUGGUCGCAGUGGCAGUGGGAGAGCUCAUCGUAUUGGCUUUGUUCCAUUGCCCUUGCCGGCGCGAGGAAAGUGAAGAACUACUGCGAACAAACAAGCGGGCAUUGUACAACUACAGGGUUAGGUUCACAAAGCAUCUCACCAUGUCUGUGUCGCCCAAAUCGUCUCCUCACCGACAGAGGAGUGAGCCUCAAGCGGAUGGUGAUCGGUCUCAGCGCAUGGUGCACAUCAACAGCAUCGCCAGCAUUUUUGCUAGCUCCAAUUCCAAGGCCUCGUCCCGUAUAGUGGAGACUCGCAUGUGAGUGCUCCUGGUACUCGUACAGUUGAACGCUGGGCUUGGUUACUUGCACACAGCAGGAAUAAAGUUCACCCGACUUUGAUUGAACCAGCUGGUGCAGAGCCCUGUUCCAUAGUGGAACUUGGGGGUUUCACCAGCUGAUUGAGGAGCGCGUUCUUUUAAGCCUCUAUGAAAGAUGACAAGAGUCUGCAGAGACCUAAAUGUGAAUGCCCAUCACGAAAAGGAGCCACUGAAUCAAAGAUGAAAUGCUCAGAAGAUUGGUGCUUCAUUCUUCGUCCCUGG